AUGCUCAACCGCCAGAUGCGCGAAGGAAGGGCCGAGAGGCGGGCACGGAUGCAGGCGGCAAAGGCGAAGAACGACGAGGCAGAUCAAUCGCGCGGAGACGACGGAAACGACGCCGCCGAGGCUGCCCCGCUCGCCAUCGCCGCCCACCGCGCCGCCGCUCACCGCUCGCCGUCGCCCGCCGCCGUCGGCGCGCCGUCCGCCGAUCCGCCGUCCGCACACCGCGCCGCCGCCCACCGCCACGCCCGCCAGCGCGCCUGCGCAUUUGUCCAUCGCGCCGUCCGCCCGCCGCUGCGCCGUCCGCCCGCCGCCGUCCGCUCGCCGCCGUCCGCCGCCCGUCCGCCCGACCGCCGCCGGCCCGCCGCCGUCCGCCGUGCCGCUCGCCAUGCGCUCUCCUCUCCAUUGCGGCGCUAA